GCGGUGCUGAGCAUUUCCGGGUUUGUGGAAGAGUCGCAUCAAAGCGAUUUUCGCUGAAUAGCAUUUACAAUUGAGUGGAUAUUCCGCAAUAAAAUGUCUGAUUUAGCGAAAGAGAAAGCAGCACGUCUGCUGAAGAAGCGCGGAAGCUUGUCUUCUCUGGGCAGUCAUGAAGUCAGAGCUAAAGAAGCCUUUGCCAAAACUAAGGACUCUAUCAGCACAGUGUCCUACAUGGAGGAGUCUGGACAUCAUGAUGAUAUUGCACGGCCUGCGGUGCAAAUGGAGAACAGCUAUCAGCUCAGCCCCGCACGACGUUUCCCGGUGUUAACAGUGAAGGACAUUCUGAAGGAUGUGUUGACCAGCUACCUGCAGGAGGAGAAAUAUGAACCCGAGCUGUGCCGACAGAUGACCAAAACCAUCUCUGAGGUGGUCAAGGCCAGAGUUAAAGAUUUGAUGAUUCCCCGCUAUAAGAUCAUCGUCAUCAUCAGCAUUGGUCAGAUCAGAGACCAGAACAUGCGCAUGGUGAGUCGAUGCCUGUGGGACGAAACAAACGAUAAUUUCUCCUCGCAUACUUUCAAAAACAGCUCGCUUUUCGCCACCUCUACGGUCUAUGGUGUUUAUUUUGAAUGAGUGUGUAAGAAUAUCAGCUGGGUUUUAGUGACGAGUGAUUUCAGCCGACCAGUGGCAUCUACACUUCAUAUUUGCUCUGAGCUGUCUCAAGUCAGUUAAAUGGCCUUUAAAAUGACUUUUUGAGGUUACAACUAGAGGUUGAGUAUGUAUGAGGCAAUUCCGCUUCCUCAACAUCUCUCAUAAUGAUAAGUUAAAUGCAACGGUUUAAACAAACAUAGGAACAUACUGCUGACUGUGUGCAUUUGAGAUAUAUAUAUAUCAAAAAUAAUAUUUUGCACUCAUGUUAAUUCUACAUUCUUGCUGAUGAUGAUUGAUUUGUGAAAGCUUCAAAUGAAGUUGCUAAGGGCUGUAAAUGUUGUCCAGAAGUGGAAUUAUUGUCUAUAUUGCCUAAUGCCUACUAUUUAAUGUUUAUAUUAUGGAAGCACAUUUUGGACACAAUUUAAAUACCAUUGUCUUAAGAAAAUGAUUUACCUCAUAUAAACAUUUAAAAUAUUAAUCUC